ACUACGGGGAGGAGCUUGCGGCAUGACGUCAUCGGGCCCCAGCGCGGAAGUUGGGGCGGGGUGGAAAGAGCCCAGGAGGCUUCCUCGUUUGCAGCAGAGGAGGCGGAGCCUGGUUCCUUCUGGAGGGUAAACGUGUCCCCCUUCGCUUCCUCAUCGGGGCCCUUUCCUUCCCAUUUUCCUUCCCAGGGGCUCCCCUUCGGUGGGGUUUUUGCUCCUCCACCUGCGCUUGGGUCCAGCCUCCCAUCCAGCGCCAUGGAGUUCCCAGAUCUAGGCGCUCACUGUUCACAGCCAUCCUGCAAACGCCUUGACUUUCUCCCUCUUAAAUGUGAUGCCUGUGAACAACUAUUCUGCACAGACCAUGUUGCCUAUGCCCAUCACAGUUGUACUUCAGCUUACAAGAAGGAUGUGCAGGUACCUGUGUGCCCACUCUGCAGCACCCCCAUCCCUGUGAAGCGAGGAGAGAUGCCUGAUAUUGUUGUGGGAGCGCACAUUGACCAGGACUGCAAAUCAGACCCAGCCCAGCGUAAGCGCAAGAUCUUCACCAACAAGUGUCAGCGGCCUGGCUGCAAGCAACGGGAGAUGAUGAAGGUUCUCUGUGACCAGUGUCAGGGCAACUUCUGUCUCAAGCACCGACACCCACUGGAUCAUGAGUGCAGCGGGGCUGGGCAGUCACUGUCUAAAGCCGGGAAUGCUGCAAUUGCAAGGGCUAAAAAGUCUGCCAAAGCGUCUACAAACACUACAUCCAACAAUGAAGCCAUGAGAUCCACUGCAAACCUGCCAACCUCUAGCAGGGCUGCUGAGGUGGCUGCAGCACCUCAGCCCCAGAGCACAAUGCCACCAGUUGUUGCUCUUCAGAAUGGAUUGAGUGAGGAGGAAGCAUUGCAACGGGCAUUGGAGAUGUCCUUGGCAGAGGUUGUGCCCUCCCAACCGCAGCCCCACAGCACCCAGGAGGAAGAAGAUCUAGCAUUGGCUCAGGCCAUUUCAGCUAGUGAGGAGGAAUACCGUCAACGGCUGCGGCAACAACAAGCUCGAAGCACAAAACCAUCAAACUGCUGUCUAUCCUGAGCACAAGAAGAAGCCUGGGAACUAUGCCUGGCCAGUGAUUGUUCCUCUGUUCCUGCCGGGGUUGCCUCCCUCUGCUGCUCCCUCAGGGUUACUGACAAUGAACCAAAGGCUGAAUCCCUGUCUGGCCACUGUAGAGUGUCUCUUUGCCACACAGCCCUUGUCUCUCUACACUGUGACCACGUACACCUCUGGGACAGUUGGUGGCAUUUCCCCCGAGGAUGAAACAACGAUAGACCUGAAUUAGCAGUCCCAAUCUCUCCACCAAAACUGCAUCUAGCACAAGUCACAGCAAGGGGAGGAGGUGGACUAGCAGACAACAUUGGCAUCAGUUGAACUGAACCUCAAAUAAUUGUUGUAGGGCAGAGGGGAAUUCCCAUAGCCAAAGGAACUUUGAGGAACACUGGCUCUUUGCCGUCACUUAUUUAUCUUAGUCUCUGGCAGUCCUACAGCUUGACAGUAGGUGGUGCUAAAUGAUUUCAGAGUAAGGAUUUCUCCUUCCUCAGAUUCCAGGUUGUAUUAGGUGUACUUGGGCUGCUUCUAGCUGCUCAUUCAAGUGAGGUAGAUGUCUUCCUAAAACUACUGUAGCGGUUCCCUUUGUGAAGUGCUGACAUUGCAGUGAUUGCUGUCAGAUAAUACAAUGUGAGAAGUCCUCCAAACAAGUGGGGUCCGUCAGACUGUCACAGGACACCAAAGGGGUUGCCUCUGAACCCAAUUCCAAGUCAUCCUUUCUCUGUUGAUGGAGGUGAUGGCCAAAUCUGCCUCUGCUGUCCAUUUGGCUAAUGCCAUUUCUGCUAGCUCAUCAGAACUCAGAUGUUUAAUUACUCCUCUUGGAAAGUCUGCCAAAGAUCAGCCUAAAAGUGAUCAGCAGCCAAGUGGCUGCCUGUAGUGCUAGAGAAGUUCCCAUUCAGUAGAAGGCCAACUGCUUUAGAUUGCAUGUAGAAAAGCUGUUCGGCCCCAGGUGACAUCCAUACCUCAGGGACCACUUGGAUGUCUUGUCUUCUAAUGCAUGCAUUGGUCAGGCAGCACUCUUCUUCCAGGUGCAGCCUUUAUGGCCUUGGGCUUCCAUGCUCUGUGCUCUACAGCACCUCCAGUCUCUCCCUCUGCAGGGGCCAUUUCACUGUCUAACAUUCUGUGCCUUUGCAUUAUCACCUACACAGGGUAAGGGAGGAGAUGUGAUGACAGGGCUAUGCGGGAAAUCUGGUGGCAACCAAUAAACUCACAGACAACGAU